AUAAUAAUUAGGAAAUUAAAAUGCAAGGCAUCAAGGAAAAGUUGAGUGACAUGAGCGCAAUGCGACACGCCAAGGCUGAGGCCAAAGAAGAGGAAAAGGAGGAGAAAGAGCUUGCGAAGACGAGAGUGCAGGUGGCCCACGAGGUGAGGAUGGCGAGGGAGGCGGAGGCCGCCAUGGACCUCCACGUCAACAAAGCCGCCGAGAAGGUGGCGGCGGCCGAGCAGAAGCACCACCGCGACACCGCCCACGGCGGCGAGGACGUCAACUGCCCCAAUCCCGGGGCGGCGGGAUACUCCGCGGAUCCGAUGAGCGGCGGCGCCGGCGCUAUGGACCCUUCCUCCGCCGUCGGCGGCGACGGUUACGGAGGCAGAACCGGCGUCAUCGACACCGCCGCCGCGAGGUCCAGCGGCCCUACGGCUCACAACGAUUUGCUGUAGGCAGGGGCGUUUUGGGGUUUUCGAAUAAAGCAUAGCGGAAAUUAAAUUAAUAUUAUGUUCUGCCAUCACAUUGCUUUUCCUUUUUUUUCCAUAGUUUGAUUUGGUUUGCUGUUUUCUGAAUUAUUUGAUUUUUGUGUUCUUGAUUUUGAUUUGUUUGUGCCCUAGGGCUUUAUUUAUUGGUUUUGUGUUGAUGAAAUCAAUCUUUUGUGUCCAAGGGAUGUAUUAGUCCCGACCUGAUUUUCUAUUUUAAAAUCAUGUUUCAAUUUAUGUUAUGUUCUAUUGAAUGAAUGACAAGCAUCAAUAACGAAAUCACAAUUAUCCGACCGUAUGAAAUAGAGAUUUGAACGUGAUUUUGAUAUAAGAAUUUUUUUUUUCUAUAUUAGCUGCUUUUGAUUUUAUUUCUAGUUCACAAAUAUAUUUGCCGCUUGCAAUGUUGAAAUUGUUAUAUAUAUUUGGUUCUUCCAUUAUACUGGCAUACAG